AGGGAAGCGUGUGAAAGUAAAGCGCUUUUCGGGCCAGAAAUGUCUUGCAUAGCCAUGCUGAAUAUGCCAAGACUUAUACAACGCCGCCUGCUUGGGCUACCGAUGAUAGUGCAACCUGACAGAAAAUUGGGGAGAUUAAUCCCACCUGCUCAAAACUUAUCAAAGAAGAUAACAGUGCCCGUAUUUAAUAAACAAAGGGGAAUGGCGCCAGUUAUCCAGCUCAAGCUAGGCCUUGUGAAACAGCCAUGGCGUUUUAGAAAGCCUGUGGAAUACCCUGAAAUAACUGGCUCGGAUCAUUGGAGACGAAAAAUGCGCACCCAAUUUAGGGCCCUCGACACAAACGGUGAUGGUUACUUGACAAAAGAAGAUAUAGAGAUGGGCGCUAGACGUACUGCAGCGUACAUGAAUCUUAGUGACGAAAACACUGAAAUUAUUCUGGACCAACGCCUUGCCUACUGGAGAGAUUCACUUUCUAAAGGUAGAAUAUCCGAGGAUCGGUUCGUGGAUAAUCAGCUCGUCGUCAUGAACGACAACAAUUGUCGAGAAAUUUUGUUUGAUAGCCUUUGUUCAAGAUUUCGAGCGAUGGAUUUGGACGGUGAUGGACUUAUUUCUCCAGAUGAACAUGCUGCUAUUUUCUACAGUUUCAACAUCCCUACUGAGCAUUCAAAGAAAGUAUUCGACAUCAUAGACAGCGACAGUGACGGCUUCAUUACCCAAGAAGAGUUCGUUCUCGCACUCACUGAAUUCAAUUUAACCGAAAAUCCUGACAAUAAAUUCAACGAGUGCUUCGGUCCACUCGUUGACAAUGAAAACUGAUGUAUUUUCUAUCGCCAAAAAGAGAAAAAAUAUUCUGCCCAAAUGAUUGUCGAGUUCAAAAGAAACAUGCAUGUACUGCAAUGAAUACAGUAUUUCAUAUAUUGAGAUUCGAGAUAAGUGUCUAAACAUACGGGAUCAUGAGAAACGACAGGAACAGAAAUACUGUCGAAUGUGUAAGACACAAAAUGAGAAAAACCACUUUUGAAUACCAGGAGGGGAUUGUUGUCUUUAUAUAUUAGCUAAUUUACACACACAACAGUGUAAAUGAAAGUAGACGUUUGAUCGUGUGAUAUUUGUUGUGAGACGAUAACACAGAAUGCUAAAACUCUCUCAAAUAUACGCAAAGAUUUGAUAUAUUACAAUUCUUUCAGCAAAACACGAUGACUUUAAAGUUUUCCUUCAAAUAAUUACAUAAUAAAACAUUUCAAACUUGUCCUUUAAAUGAAGACAAGUUAUACAAUAUCCCUAAUGCGCUAAGACAGUGACCGUCUUUGGCAAAAUAAGAUGACUGUGCAA